CCUGCCACGGGAAAAUCAUUUUUUUUUUCUUAUUAAAAAUGAAAUAUUACAGUUCCACGACAAUCGAGAUAGAAAACAAACCGUAAAAGUAUCACUUGGAAAUAUAAACAAAAAGGACCGCAUUUGACCUGGAUUUAGAGAUAAACUACGGCGUUUAUUUAUGGUUGUAGGUAAGUGGAAUGUCAAUAUUGGCCUGUCCCCCCAGGCUCGAUCACCCCAAUUUCGUGGAUUUCACACAUAAUGAACUUUUGACUGGAACAAAAUGGUGUAUUGGACAUGUGGAGUAAAAAAUAGAAAUGGAGAUCUUGAUAUAUCUUGGAACACGAAGAACGCUUUGAAGUGAACUUGAAGAUGGCGGACAAAAGCCGAUACAAAGUAGUUGCGUGCGCAUUUUGGAUAAUUGCUGCUGCAACCAUUGUAUGCACGGCUCUAUUUGCAUCGGUGUGUCUGAUUGGAAUAAGCGGCUGUUGUACGAGCGAUGCCUGUGGUAUGUUGGAGACCAUCACUAUAAGUCUGGUCCUUGUCACUCUGAUGAUGACAUUCUUUCAUUGCUACAGACAAAAGAUAAAGCAUGCAGAAUCUCCCAGUUUUUAUGUAGAAACAAUGAAUCUAUCAUCUGACACAAACAUCAAUACACGAUACACCCCACUUCCGGUCAAUAUUGUUACUCAGGUAGAGGAGUAUAGAGAAGACUUACUCAAAGCUGUACCGGAAACGGAAAUACCAGAAGAGUUUGAGUGUGCAAUAUGCAAUGACUGUAGUACUAGCAACGUCUCAAGACUUUCUUGUGAGCACUUCUUCCACAAGUCCUGUGUACUACAGUGGUUCAUAUCAAACUCCCAGCACACCUGUCCGAUCUGUCGGAGUUCCCAGAUCCCCUCCAAUCACCUGUUGAUAAUAACCGUCCUACCUAGUCUGAGUUCUCGACCAGCAAGAACUUCACAGUUAUAAAGUUCGCUGGAGAUAAGGAUUGUGAUUUUAAAAAAUAGAUUCUUCCUAAAGUGAGGCUUGUGAAUCGUGAACAUUUUCAGCCAUGGAGGAGUGAUAUUGCUGAACGUAGAGACAGCAAAACAAACGCAGGAAGUGCUCAAGUUUCCUUACAUAUAACUACACUUACACUUCCCAAUAGUGCUGAAAGCCAUCUAAAGCUAAACUUAAAAAGUGGCGUACAAUUAGAGUGUCACACAGAAAUGUGUCAUUUCUUGUCCAACGUCUAUAUUUUCGUGGUAAAGAACUUAUUCUGUAAAGAGUUUAAGUGGACAAAAUAGGAAGUGUACACGGAUGUUAAACACCAGGAACUGAAAAGUAUUAAAAUAGCACAUAAGUCGGCAUUCAAAAUACAGUAUUCAGUGUUGUUAAAUGUAGUACCGAAGUUUUACGAGUUUAAUUUGGUAAAGAUUUCCUCCUCUGUGAUACAGCAUUAAGUCUGAUCGUGAGAUAUACGUAACUAACGGAAUCAAUUAUCUAUGGGGAAAUUAUGUAUUUGUACUAAAAUCACAGUAAAAUGCAUUUUACGUCAGCUUUAAAUAUGUCCUAGAAAUACAUGUAUGUGUAAUAACAACGAAAUAAUUGCUGAUUGUAAUUUUAAAAUAAAUUUCUA